AUGCCGGCUCCCUGUGCGGGCACCGCGCCCGCCACCCUUCCGCACGCCGCACAGCGCGUACCAGGGUCAGGGAGUGGCAGUAUCAGCGGCAGGUACGGUGAAGAGCCUGCCGAUCCCGCGGCGGGUGCGGGUGCAGGCGUGACAGCUCACCAGUCCCCCGCCACCGCUCCCCCUUCUCUUUCCCCGUCGCCCCUCGCGGCCCCCCGUUCCCCCUGGUCUCUCCCGCGCGCUCCCCGUCUCCCCGCCGCCACGCCGCUCCCCGCCGCGCCUCCGCCGGUGGUGAAGGAGCGCCCCAAGGGCGGGCUGUUCCAGCGCCGCCAGCUCAAGCGCGGUGGCAGCGAGGGCUGCCGCAGCGUUCUCGACGCCGUCGCUGUAGCCUCCUCCGCCCGCUCCCCCACCGUUCCCCCUUCCGCGCAUUCCUCCUCCGUGCUCCCCAUCUCCCCCAUUUCGCCUCACACCUUCUCCGCCUCACUCUCCGCCGCCGUCUCCCCCAUCCGCGCGGCACUCUCCCCGGAUCCUUCCACCGCCGCCGGCGCGGCACCUGGCGCGCUCAUAUGGGGCGGGGAAGUGUUUCCGCAUGGGGCGUGGAGCGGAGGGGGCGCGGCAGGAGUGACUGGGGAAGGGGGGAGCGAGGAGCGCGAGAAGGGGGAGCGGGAGAUGGCGGGGCGGCAGCUGGUGGUGCAGGCGCGGGAGGUGGAAAAGGGGGAGGGUGCGCGCAAGGGGCCAGGGGGGGCUGGGAAAGGGGAGGUGGAGGAAGAGGUCGAGCGGAGGAAAGCGGCAGCUUGCCCGAGCAAAGGGGAGGGCGAGGGGGCACGAGAGGUGGUGGCGGCGGCGGCGGCGCGGCGGUGGCUGAUGGACGAGCUGGCUGCGCUGGGGGUGGACAGCGGGGAGGAGAGCGGGGCGGGGGAGGGGGAGGAGGAGGGGGAAGGGGAGGGCGCAAGGGAGAAAGGCGCGCGGGAGCGGGGCGUGCGAGUGAGCGGGCUGGAGAGGCGCGUGGUGAGCCGGCGGUCGCCCACAAGAGAGCAGUGGGCGGACGAGCGGAAUCCCAGCCGCCUAUCACGCUCCUCGCUCUCCCUGCCGCGCCACUCCGUGCCGCUGCCCGCCCAAGUGACCCCCCCAGCACCCGCGCCUGCCGUCGGCUCCUUCUCGGGUCCGCUUCGCCUGGGCGCCGCCAAUACCGCGGGUAGCGCGGGCGCCGCCAGCAGCGCGGGCAGACGGGCGGCGGGCACAGGGGAGCGGCAGGGCGAAGGGGGAGCGGGAAGGGAAGGGAGUGAGAGGCAGCGAGCGUGGGAGGGGGCAGCAGGGGGGGCGGGCGAGGAGAGCGGGGAGGGAAGGGGGAUUCGGGAGCAGCAGGUGAACGCGCAUACUGGCGGCAGUGGUGGCGUUGAUGGUGCCAGCGGGGAUGGUGGCGGGGGUGCGUCCAGCACGUUGCUUGAGCGCCCGCCCUCCCCCGCUCCCUGGGUCCCUCGCCCCGGCCAAUCGUCCGCGCGCCUUGCCCGCACCAGCAGCAGCAUCUCCUCCGCUGCGCGCCCACCCUGCGCUGCUGCCCCGGGGGGACGACUUGGGGGCAGCACAGGCGGGAGCACAGGCGGAAACGCAGGCGGAAACCCAGGCGGGAGCAUGGGGGGGCCCAUGGGGACAAACAUGGGGGGGAGCAUGAGCGGCAGUUGGAUCAAUCCAAACAUGCGCACAGGCACAGCUGCGGCGGGGGGGAGGGGGGUGGCAGGGGCGGGGAGGCAGGGACAACCGGGCAUGGUGGGAUUGCGACGGCCAGCAACAGGAGCAGGCAGCGUAGGCAGUGUAGGGAGCGUAGGCAGCACGGGCAUGAGGGGCAGCAUAGGCGGGAGGAGUGCGAGCAUGGAGGUGGCGCGCGCGCGGCUGCUGGCAGAGGAUGCGGCGCUCACAGACGCCAUCCUCACAGGCGCCCUCAUGCCGCCCCCCGCCUCCUCCUCCUCCUCCGCCUCCCUGCGCUUCCCCCAGCGCGCGCAGCAAAGCAGCACCGCCAGUGCUAGCAGCAGCGGCGGUGGCAUGGUUGCCACCAGCAUUGCAUCAGCAGCAGGCAGUCCCCUCAACAGCACUGCCACCACCCCCACGGGCGGCAGCGGCAGAAGCAGCGGCAGCGGCAGCGGCAGGAGCCCGGCGCGGCUGCCAGCAGGGCAGCGGUCGCGUGUGUUCACCCCCGCAGACCUCGCCCGUGCCACCGACAACUUCCAUCCGUCCCGCCUGGUGGGGUCGGGUGCAUACGGCCCUGUGUUCCGCGGCGCCAUCCACGGCUGCGACGUGGCCGUCAAGCGCCUGAGGGCGCGCGAGGGGCGCGCGCGCAGCGAGGGCAGAGAGGCGUUCAAGCGUGAGGUGCAGGUGCUGAGCCGCGUGCGCCACCCCAAUGUGGUGCUGCUCAUGGGGUGCUGCCCGCAGGACCUGUCGCUUCUCUCCUCCCUUUCCCCCGUGUCCCCUGUGUCCCCCGCCCCUGCCUCCCCCAUCACCCCAUCGCCCCCCCCACUGCCAUGGCACGACCGCCUGCGCAUUCUCUCCGAAGUGGCCUCCGCGCUGCUGUACCUGCACCGCUGCUCGCCGCCCAUCGUGCACCGCGACUUAAAGCCCGACAACAUCCUGCUGGACGCGCAUGGCACCAGCAAGAUCGCGGACGUGGGGCUGGCAUGCCUGCUGCGAGACGGCAGCACGGUGGUAACCACACACCGCAUGCGCGGCACCGUGGGAUUCAUCGACCCGGAGGCCAUUGCAUGUGGCGAGCUCUCCCCCGCCUCCGAUGUGUAUGCGCUGGGGGUGGUGGCGCUCAUGCUGCUCACUGGUGCCGACUCCCCCAAGCACGUGCACCGCCUGCUCGCCCUCUGCCCCACUACCAUCUCCUCCCCGCCUCCCCCCUCCCCCACCACCCCUCACGCCACCGCUGGCACCGACGCUGACAGCGACCCGCCUCUGACUCCCAGGAGCGCCCAGCCGGCGGCAGUGCCCACACGCGACCUGCCCCAGUCAGUGGCUAUCCUGCAGCCGCACCUGGACACGCUGGCGGGCACGUGGCCUGCUGAGGUGGCGCAGCGGGUGCUGCGCGUGGCGGUGAAGUGUGUGGAGCGGGAUGCGCGCAUGCGGGCUGACCUGGCGGGGGAGGUGGUGCCCGUCUUCACUGAGGCGGCUGCUGCUGGUCGGGCCGAUGUGACGCGGCGCAACGAUGCCCUUGAGAGUACCCUCGUGUGCCCACUCUCCAAGCAACGCAUGCAGGACCCGGUGAUAGCAGCGGACGGGUUCACAUACGAGCGCCGCCACAUGGAGGCGUGGCUGGCGUCGUCGCUCCUCUCGCCCUCCACCGGCCAGCCCCUGGCCCACCCGGGGCUCACCCCCAACCACCUGCUGCGCUCCAUCAUCCUGGGAUCCCAGGGCACCCAGGCUAACCGCAACUGA